CGCUAUGAAACCACCUAUUUCACCACCCUGUUGGGCGGACCAACCCUCGCAACUGCGCAGGUGUAUCGCACCGGCUCAGCACCUUCUUAUCAACAUCUCCGAAAAGCCAGUCACGCCAGAAGGAAGGCUUGGCUCCGCUUACACCUUCCUUCGCACAUUUUCCUUUUCUUCUUUUUUCCGCGAAUCUCAUUCGGAAACGGUACAUCCUCCGUUCUUUUUGAUCGUCAUCAACUCGCAUCCCUCGAAGGACGAUCGCUUGGUAGGACGAUGCGAUGGGCGAGGGCAAAAGCGACCGUCUCGGUAAAAGGCAAAGAUCCUCCACUCGAAGGGGGGCCAAAUCGUCCUCGGAUUCCGAGGUAGCGCAGGAUAAAGGCAAGGGGAAAGGACGUAAGAGUAAGACCAAGGAGAGAUGGCCAUUUCUCGAAGAAUUAACCGUCGACGAGCUGGCUCGUUAUCGAAGGAAACGCGUGCAGGAUCGACCGAAGGAUAAUCUGCCAUCUCAUCCGGAAACGGUAGUUCCGUAUUCUGCAUCUGAAUAUCGGCGUGCGUUUGGUGCAAAUGUCAAAGAAUUCUCUAAGGAAAAUGUCUGGCCUGAAGAUUAUUUACGCGUAGAUGGAACUCCCGAGAAUGCGCAAUCUUCGCAUUGCAUGGAUUUCAAAGAGCCCGAUGUCAUUGAGGAUCCAUUAGGAGAACAGGAGAGUACGUCGCAAAUGGUUCGUGAUAAUGAAGUGAUGGAGACAAGAGCUCCGCAAUUUGAGACUUUGUUCAGACGUCCUUCACCUGUCAGAAGGGGUACCAGUUUAAAGUGCGACGGCGAUUUUUAUACCGAUACGGAAACAUAUUCUGCGUAUGUGCCUUAUGAAGGCCAGCAUCGUGCCGAGCUUAUGCGUCGACCUACGUCGUUGAAAAUGGAAGGCGAUUUGGACACUAUGACAGAGAAAUGCGAGAAAUUUAUCGAGUGGCUGAAUGUUAGCCGACCGGAACUCAUGCGUGUACCUACUCACCUGAAGAUGGAAGGUGAGCUGGAAACAGCGACGGAAAAUCAGGACAAGUACGUUCCGUUCGUGGGCGCACGAAGACCAGAAUUGUUGAGGCGAAGCACAAACUUAAAGCUUGAGGGAGAUACUUAUUUCAUGCCGGAAUAUACCGAUGUAUUUAGAGAUUACAGCGUGAAAGAUAAACUGCAGCCACAAAAAUCUCAAACGCACUUACAAACUGGCGGAGACUUUUACCCAAACACAGAGAGCACCGAAAAUUUCGUUCAUCCUUCCGUUAAACAGGCACAAGAAAUAGCCGAACGGGCUAAAGACAGUAAUGAAGAAGGUAGAUGGAUGAAAAGCCAAGAGGAGGAGCGGAAAAAAGAUGAGGAGAUGAAAAUGUUGGUGUCGAAAUUGGAGGAUCUAAAUGGCCGCCCGCUCGAAAUUCCGGAAUAUCGCGAUGCGUACAAGGAUUUUCCACGUGAACGACCGAAGAUCGCGAAGCCGGAAAUCGAGAUAGGCCGUGCCGAUGGUUCAAAAGUGACUUCGCCGUCGCGCUCCAAGUUUUCUAUGAAAAUUGACCAAGAUCCGGAAUAUCAAUCCAAAUAUCUCGACUAUCCGCGUGAUCGUCCUGUCUAUCGUAAACCGCCGUCGAUGUUGCGGCCGACAGGAGUAUCUUCUUCCGGUCGUAGUAGCGCGUGCUUUGGCAAACCAAUUCAGGAAUGUCGUACGUUUGAAUACGAACCUACCAGCGAGGUGAGAUCCCAGUAUGUUCCUUAUGGAUAUGUACCGAGAGUCGAGACACUGAAGAUGCCGGCUAAUCUGCGGCUGGAGGGUAAUCUGGAGCUUCAACCGGAAUACAGGAACGUUUAUUGCGCAAAAUACGAUCGUCAAGAUUGCGGUGACUUUAGAUCCACUCAUGGUAGAGGUGAUCGUAGUCCGUGCACCGUGACAAAGAAAGAACAUUACUGGGUGAAUGAUAGCGGUGGCGGUCAGUGCGACAAAACCCCGAUUGUCGCCCGAGGACAGGAUGCUUUUUGCAUAUUAGAUACGCGGAUUCACGACGAGAAUGUCACUGGGAAACCCCCGCCCGCUAGCAGAAGAAGCUCCAGGUUGUCUCAAGCCGCAAUGGCGCCGAGACCGACGCAGUUGACGGAAUUGACGGAUCGCGCGAUCGUUACGAGGACGCGAUCUCCCAGUCCGACUUAUCGGUUGCACGUCUGCGAUGUCGACAACGAGCCGCGAGGUUUUGGUCGAGGUUUUGGACAGUCUUCCGAAAGAAUACGCAGCCCUUCAGCUGACCGUGCGAUUCGGGACAACGAUGUCAGGCCGUAUUCGCCCAGCUUUGGUAGAAGCAGGCAGGAUCGUCGCGUCAACGAUCAACCAUUUGUAAUUUUGGAUAACGCUUCGAAGAAUUUAUCGGGUAGACGUAACGAUCGUAGAAGACGUACCGACAGGAAUUUUGAUGUCCCGGUACCAGUUUCUCGCGGAAGACCUAAGACACCAUCUAGAUGGAUGCCGCCAUGGUACGACAAUACGAAUACGAUCUAAAUCCCCGAUAUCAAGAGUUUGCAAAAAAGUAAAUCCAUAAGUCACGAAUGAAUACGAUCUAUAUAUCGUGAAUUCUCUUGUCUGAAAUUUUUACGUUAUGUGAUAAACACGAAACCUACGGCAAAUCAACACUGCCUCUUUACAUGUAAAACUUUACAUGUAAAAUAACAGAAAUCAAUUGUUUAAAUUAAUUUUUAGAUAUUUAUAUAUGAAUUAUGUUAUAGCGAUAAAAUCAAUCUUUGCAGAGAUUUUCAAAAUAAAUACAAAAAUCUCAUCUUUUAAAAGGUAUGUAUUUUUAAUGUAGUUUUUAAUUUAAUAUAAAAAAUAUGAGAUGUUUUUACUAGAGAGUCUACAUUGGGAAUCGAUUGAGAUUUUGUCUUAAAUAUGGAUUAUAAGGAAUUAGAUACAGAUAGAUUUGUAAUCCAUAAUAUAAAUCUGUUAGACUUUUAUCUAGUUUAACAAAUUAUAUUAAUUGUUGUAUAAACAAUAGAUAAUAAGAUAACAAUAGAUAAAUACCUCAUAUUACUGCCAUUUGUUAAUCUUAUGUAUGAUGAAAUGUAUAAACAAUAUUCAAUUUUA